AUGAGAUUGACACUCGCUUUUGCUCUACUACUUAUUGGCACUACCUCUGCACACUAUAAAAGCAGAAUUCAAAAGUUCAUACAUAGCUUGCCCUAAAUGCAACAAGCUAAACAAGUUGAGUAGAGUUGCACAUCAAAUAUUAAAAGAUUGAACUAAGAGCUAACAAAUCCAACUAAUUAUUAAUCUAUUGCAAAAAACUCAGAUAAGUUUUGGAAUGAUACCUCAUUUCCAGCAGAUUCUACUUCUAUAUAGUGGAGUGGAAGCUAUACUCAAAAUAGAAUCCCUUAAUACUUGAACACUAAGUGGUCAAGAUUGAACAAUCUUUGCGACAAUUGCACAAUGUACGGUACUAGCGAUUACUUGAAUGACAUAGAUCAAAACGCUCUUGCAGAUUGCUAUUACCUUGCCGGCAUUGCUGCUCUCGCUGAAGUCAAUUCAAGAUUUGAAAAAGUAUUCGUCAACCCUGAAGUCAACUGGGCUGGUAUCUACGCAUUUAACGUUUUUAUAAGAGGAAUCCCUCAUGUGAUUGUUGUCGAUGAUGCUGUCCCAGCAGGUCUUACCUAAAAGAGGCCAAUAUUUGCUGGAUUUGGACUAGAUGGUGCAAUGUGGGGUCCUCUUCUAGAAAAAGCAUGGGCCAAGACAAAUGUCAACUAUGAAAGAAUCGAAAUUGGUUAUCCAUUUGAAGCAUUCGAUUUCUUAUCAAAUGCUCCUCAUCAAUAUAUUACUAUCAGCUCUGCAAAUAAAGAAGCUAUUUGGUCUAAAGUUCUUGAUGCAGAUAAUAGAAAUUUCAUUAUGUCACUAGGAACACCAUCUUCCCCAGGAGGUGAUAAAGAUUUAUGCAAUUAUAGUCUUGCUUGUGGCCAUGCAUACUCUCUACUUUCGGUUAAAAUAUUGGAGAGUGCUGACAGAAAAACUUAAACUAGAGUUCUCAUGCUUAGAAAUCCUUGGAGAAGCGAAGGCUUAUUCAAUGGAUCUUUAGCAGAUGGUUCAGCACUCUGGUUUACAUAAGGUCCAAACGGAAAAACUUGGGCAGAUGAAGUAAAGCUAGUGAUAUCCAAUGAUGGCGUUUUUUACAUGACUCUUGAUGAGGUUAUAAAUUCAUUCAAUUACUUGAAUGUUUUUGAAUGGAGAGAAAACUUUGUAACAUCAUGGUACGAUAAAAGAGAUGACUAAGUAUCUAGCAAAACAACUCCUUCAAUAUACAAAUUCACUCUUACUGAAUCUACUCCAUUGUAAAUCAGAGUUUUGCCAUAUCCUUCUAGAAUGUAUCCUGUUGUAUGCAAAAAUAAAUAAGCUAUCUUCAAGCUUAUCCUUAAAGAUUCAGUAGGUAAAACUCUUAACUCAAUCUACUAUAAUGAAACAGCAUAUAACUAUAUCAGCUUAAUUGACAAUCCUCUAGCUGCUGGAACUUACACUUUAUAAUUCUACGCUGAGUGGGAUAUUAAUGAUGUGAGAGAUUAUGGAAUUAUCAUUAAUUCUCCAAAAGAUAUUGCCAUUCUUGAUGCUAAUAACUAAAUUAGCAGACCAACUAGCCACGAUUUCACCAGUAAGAACCUAAAGCCAACAGUUGCUUAAGCUCCAAAACCCCCAAAACCAGAACUUCCUAGCAUUGUUAGAAAUAAACCUGCUUACCGUAUGUCAGGCAACCUUAAUGCUGAUUUGGCAGGAUUAAGAUAUUCAGAAUCAUUCAUUAUCAAGAAUACUGACGGAAUCCACUUAUAAGGAUCAUAAGCUACUUUGGUUGGUAAGAGAUAUGAAAUCGUUUAUUUCCAAGGAACUUAAUCUGAGGAACACAACUACAAUGCAACUGUUUCAAUCAUAACUUCACCAGGCUACUCCUACAUUUUUACUCAAGGCAAUGAUAAAUGCUCUGCUACAAAAAAUGCAGCCACUGGAGAAGAGACUAUUCAAUGCAAAUGCAAUAUUGCUUAUGACUAAUACCCUAAAGAAUGUAUGCUUGCUCUUCUAACCAUAGAAGGAGCUGGAUACAAAACAUCAUUCACAUAUAAAUAUGUGUCAGUAGUCUGA